GUUCCAGCGCGGCAGUGUCCCGAAAGACAUCUUCUUUUGGACCAUAAUACCCUCAGUAUCCUCCCUUUUCUCUCUCUUCCGUCUUAAAGAAGCGAGAGAGAGUGUGGGUGUGUGUGUUUCAGAGCGGACCCUAAAUUUCUUCUUUCAGUGUUUCGGUCUCUGACUCUCUGUAAGAGUUAAAGACAAUGGCUUUCACUUCGUUUCUUGGCAGAGUUAUCUUCGCCUCUGUUUUCAUACUCUCUGCUUACCAAGAGUUCAACGAAUAUAAUUCUGAUGGGGGACCAGCAGCAAAGGCUUUCGGACCAAAGUUUGAUGUCUUCACAAAGCAUGUGCAAUCUCACAUUGGCAAACAAGUGCCAGAAAUCAAAAUUGCACGCUUAGUUGCCGCCACUAUAGCACUCAAGGGCAUUGGAGGCAUCCUCUUCAUCUUUGGCACUUCUCUUGGAGCCUAUCUCCUGCUUCUGCAUCAGAUGAUUGCCACUCCUAUUUUAUAUGAUUUCUACAAUUAUGACAACGAGGAGAAAGAAUUUACACAACUCUUCAUCAAAUUUACACAGAAUAUGGCUCUUUUUGGGGCAUUGCUGUUUUUCAUUGGGAUGAAGAACUCAAUUUCUCGGAGACAACCGAAGAAGAAGGUUCAGAAAACAAAAACUGUUUAGGAAGGAAUUAGCCUUAGAAAUUGGGUUCAUUUUGCGGUUUAGUAACUUCUACCUUAAACUGAUGGUUUUAGCCAGCAUGUAUGAUUUAGGCCACAAUCUUCUUUUGAACUCUUUUGUGUACUUUACUUUCGUGGUAAUUGGAUUUGAUUCUCUUAGGUA